CGCUGUCAUCUCCUACCUAACUUCCUCGUCAUGUCCGGCGCGAGCACCCCCAUAUCCAGGUCCGGCCGCUCAACUCCGCUCCACUUCCGCGACGUAGUCCACGAAGUCGUCAGACACUUCCGUCAUGAAAAGGACUCAGAGGCCCACAGGCUUUUUCGCCAGUCCGCUGGUCACAACAAGCCCAAGGGCGGCGCAGCCCUCCCUCAGACCGUGAACCCAGAUGAGGAGACCAUCCCCGGUAUCGAGCACCCGGGCUCCACCGGUGUCAUCUAUUGCUCUGACCGUGCCAUGGCCAACGGCUUCUCCUACGCAUCCUCACACGAGUGGGCUAAUCUUGGUCAGGGUGCCCCCGAAGUCGGUCUCAUCCCUGAUGCGCCUCCGCGUCCGACGAGCAUCCCUCUUCCCGAGGACUCUCUCGAGUACGCGCCCACCACCGGUGUCAAGGAGCUGCGUGAGGCAGUGGCCAACCUCUACAAUCAACAGUACCGCCAGGACAAGAUUAGCCAGUACACUUACGAGAACGUCUGCAUCGUUCCCGGAGGUCGCGCUGGUCUGUCUCGCGUCGCUGCUGUCAUCGGUGAAGUCUAUUGCUCGUACCAAGUGCCCGACUACACCGCAUACGAUCAGGUUCUGAGCGCGUUCAAACGCCUCGUGCCCGUGCCUACCGCCCUUGAUGAGGAGCAACAGUACCGCCUUGACGUGGACCAAAUCAAGCGCGACAUCCGCACCCAGGGCCUUGAGGUCAUCAUCGCGUCCAACCCGCGCAACCCCACAGGCCAGGUUAUCCAGGGCGAAGAACUGAAGUCGCUCGUCGCCACCUGCCGUGAAGCCUCGACGACGCUCAUCCUGGACGAGUUCUACUCGUGGUACCUGUACCCGGAAAAAGAGGAAGAGUACGGAAAGUCCGUCUCCUCCGCAAGUUACAUCGACAACGUCAAUGGCGACCCCGUCGUCAUCGUGAACGGUCUCACCAAGAACUGGCGCCUUCCCGGCUGGCGUGUCUGCUGGGUCCUCGGCCCCAAGAACCUGAUCACAGCGCUCUCGCAGUCCGGGUCCUUCCUUGACGGCGGAGCCAACCACCCCCUGCAGCUCGCCGCGGUCCCGCUCCUCGACCCCCAGCGCGUGCACGCGGAGAAGAUCGCGCUCCAGAAGCACUUCAAGGCGAAGCGCGACCACGUGCUCAAGCGGCUCGACGAGCUCGGGCUGCACGUCGCCGUGCCGCCCGUCGCGACGUUCUACAUCUGGCUGAACCUCGAGCGCCUGCCCGCGCCGCUGAACAACGGCCUGACGUUCUUCGAGGAGCUCCUCAAGGAGAAGACGAUCGUGAUCCCCGGCAUCUUCUUCGACAUCAACCCCGCGCACCGCCGGAACCUCUUCCACUCGCCGUGCCACCACUUCGUGCGGCUCUCGUUCGGGCCGCCGCUGGAGGAUCUGGACAAGGGCCUCGACGCGAUCGCGCGCGUGCUGAAGAAGGCGAAGAAGGAGGGCGGGCACGCGUUCGGGCACAGCUACAAGAAGAGCGUCGACGGCAGCUCCCAGGCGGACAAGUUCGUCUAGAGUGCGGCGUGGCCAGAGUCGAGCGCGCGCGCGCACGCGCUAGUUUCCGACGACGACGACGACGACAGUUGUGAAAAAAGGAGAAAACGGUUAUUUGGCCAUUGUUGUACCACCAAGUUUAUCAUGCUAACCACGGACUUUCGACGAUCCGAUACGAUACGAUACGACACGCUUGCGCCCAUAGGAGUACAUAGGUCUUGGCACAGAUGCUGGGAGCUUCGCGAAUUAGCGAAGACGCUCGGCUCUCGUUGAUAUACGUCACUGCGACGAUGGAACGAUA